AUGGCUUCCCGUGAUUACUAUAACGAGGGAAACUCGUAUGACGAGGGUUCCUCCGGCCGCCGCGAUGAGGGUCGUAACCAGGGCUACAACAAUGAAGGCCGCAAUGAAAGCUACGGCCGCGACGAAGGCCGUAACCAGGGCUACAGCAACGACUCGUACAACCGCGACGACCGACGCCACGGCGACAUGAACGACACCCGCUACUCAGGCAACCAGCAAUACAGCGGCGGCGACGACUUCAGCAGCGCAGCGCAGCACGCACAAUCGCACCACUCCUCCGAAGACAGUUCCCUCUUCAGCUCCGCCCUAUCCUUCCUCAACGAGCGCAAGGGCCAAUUCCAGGACCCAUCGCGGAUCGAGGUGGACGAGCAGCACGCGGUGCAGGCUCACAACGCCAUGUACAAUGGAGGCGGCAAUGAGGAGGGUCGCAGCCAUGAUUCUUCGACUGUGGGUGCGGGUGCGGCGAUGCAGGCGUUGAAGAUGUUUACUUCUGGGGGUUCGAGUGAUGGGGGCAUGGAUAAGAAUAAGUUGAUUGGGUUGGCGAUGGCUCAGGCUGGGAAGUUGUGGGAGGAGAAGCAGGGGGCUGGGGCUAGUAUGUCUGGUGAUAAGCAGUCUGCUGUGAACAGUGCUGCGGAGAUGGCUCUUAAGAUGUACAUGAAGGGUCAGGGUGGUGGUAGUGGAACUGGUAGUGCUUCUGGACUGAUGAGUCUGGCUAGCAAGUUCCUGUCCUAG